UGAAAUGAUAGUGUGCCAUAGUCGUUGAACUGUUGUAAUCUUAUUGUCAUUGUGUAAUGUAAUCAUUAUGUAGGAAGAAACAUGGUAUGUGUUUGUCUAAAUUAAGUAGGUAAGUAAAUAAAAAUUAAAGUGACACAUUUCAGUUUUACUCAGGUUUUACUGUUCACAUUACUUUAAGUUAAGAAGUAUACGAAUUUAAUAUGGCUAAAAUUUUUUCUCCUAAUUUCAUUUUUAAACGACUUCUUUCUAACAAAAUACAAUCGCAAAAAUAUGUGCUAACAAAACAAUUCCAAGGAGAGCCGAAAAAAAGCGACUUUCAGAUAGUGGAGGAAACACUUCCAGACUUACGAGAUGGGGAAAUAUUGACGGAAGCGGAAUAUCUCAGUGUUGAUCCGUAUAUGCGAGCUUACAUGAUUGCUUACAAAUUACCAACAGAUAUGAUAGGUGGACAGCUAGCAAAGGUGAUCCAAAGCCGAAAUGAAAAAUUUCCUGUAGGCAGUUACGUGACGGGUGCAUUUGGGUGGCGUACUCAUACUGUAGUCAAUCCAAAUAUAUGGAAUGCUUUAGACUUUUUGCCCUUAACUACUAUACCAGAUGUAAGCCCUCAUCCAAUCUCCUUAGGAUUAGGUUUACUUGGAAUGCCUGGAAAUACGGCAUAUUUUGGAUUAAAAGAAAUUUGUAAACCAAAGGAAGGAGAAACAAUUGUUAUAACAGGUGCUGCUGGAGCAGUUGGUUCACAUGUCGGACAAAUCGGUAAAAUUUUAGGUUGUCGAGUAAUAGGAUUUGCAGGAAGCGAUGACAAAUGCGAGUAUCUGGAAAAGGAAUUAGGUUUUGAUCGUGCUUUUAAUUAUAAGACAUCUAAUGUUAGUGCGGCCUUAAAAGAAGGAGCACCAAAUCGUGUUGACUGCUAUUUUGACAAUGUCGGAGGUGAAAUAAGUACAAAAAUUAUGGCUAACAUGAAUAAAUUCGGUAGAGUAGCGGUUUGUGGAUCUAUUUCAUCAUAUAAUGAUCCAAAAUUGCCUAAAGUUACAAUUGUACAGCCGACUAUCGUUUUUAAACAGCUCAAGGUUGAAGGAUUUUUGGUUAGUCGUUGGGUUGAUCGAUGGGAUGAAGGCAUAAAUAUGAACCUAAAAUGGCUAAAUGAAGGAAAACUUAAAUACCAAGAAAAGGUUUAUCAUGGUUUCGAAAAUAUGGUUGAUGCACUAGUGGGAAUGUUAAGAGGGGAAAACAUAGGAAAAGCAGUUGUGAAAGUAAAGUGAAUUCACUUUACUAUAUGGCAAAAAUAAAAAUAAAAAUUUAUAUAUUAUUA